AUGGAUCGGGCCUCAAACACAAGUCCUGGUGACAGCAGCGGUACUAGUCAAACAUCGCAGCCUGCUCAACACGAGCCCAUCAGCUUCGGCAUUGACCAGAUUCUGAGCGGCACCGACCAAGACAGCUCCCAGCAAAACAAUACAAGGAACAGUUCGGAUACAAGCAGUAAUACGAGCGGAGGUAGUUAUCAUCUUGGAAGCCCAUCCGGAGCGAGUGCAACGCCUUACACAACACUGUCUGGCUCUUUCCACGGUAUUGCCGCACCUUACGAAGAGUCCAGCUCGUAUGGGAUGAAUCUAACUCUCGCACCUGGAGGGGUGAUACGUGUCCCAGCGCACAGACCCCUGGCUGCAGCAGUGCCUCCACCUAUGGCCAGUGCUGUACCUGGACUCGGAAGCAUAAGCUUCCCUUGGAUGGAGAGCAGCCAACGCUUUGCUAAAGACAGGUUCGCAGCUGCUCUGACACCCUUCACAGUCACGAGGCGCAUUGGUCACCCCUACCAGAACCGCACACCACCCAAGAGGAAGAAGCCUCGUACCUCCUUUUCCCGGGUGCAGAUUUGUGAGUUGGAAAAACGCUUCCACCGACAGAAGUACUUGGCCAGUGCGGAGCGUGCAGCGUUGGCCAAAACUCUGAAGAUGACUGAUGCACAGGUCAAAACCUGGUUCCAGAACCGUCGGACCAAGUGGAGACGACAAACGGCCGAGGAGCGCGAGGCAGAGCGUCAGCAGGCCAAUCGGCUCAUGAUCCAACUCCAACACGACGCUUUCCAGAAGUCUCUGAGUGACUCGGUACCAGCCGACCCGCUGUGCAUUCACAACUCGUCGCUGUUUGCCCUGCAGAACCUGCAGCCGUGGGCUAGCGAUGAAAGCAACAAGCUUGGGGGCGUGACUGCAUUAGUAUGA